GAGAGCAUGCGCCGCUUCUUUCAUCAGGACAGAGACGACGCCACGCGUCAGCUCAUCUUCUCCACGCUCUUCAACGUCGACGUCAAAGACCAGCAGGCGGAGACGAGACGGAGGUCUCUGUUUGGAAAGUUGGUCUCCCUGUCUCUUGUUCUGGACAGGACCGCCGUCUCAGAAUGCGCCGCCACCUGGUUGCAGGGGAUGGACCGUGAGUUCCACCUCCAGCUCGGACAGGUCCUGCUGGACGACUACGUCCCAGGUCUGGUCUCCGUCCUCCAGAACAUCAGACGUGCCAGUCGGCGAUUCUGCUGCCAGUUCAUCACCGUGGUCGCCGCUCGCUACGACCUCUCCUCUGAGGAGCUCACCCCCCCGUUAGAACUCGUCCACAUGUUCGUGUCCUGGAUCCGAGACGACCCCGGUCUGGUCCUUCUCACGCUCCGGAGCACGCCACUGUCCAGCAGUCAGCCAAUCAGCACGCUGCAUGUCACACCGUUAGAGGGGCUGAUGUGUUGGUGCGUGAAAGCGCCGCUGGUCUACAGGUCGACGGCGGGCGACGGGGAAAAUGAGGGCAACACCGAUCUGCUCUUCUCAGCUCUACAUUUGAGCUGCUUAGAGAUCAUCCAGCUGCUGCCAAACAUCCUGGCGGAGAAGGGGGUUCUGGGUCACGUUCCUCUGAUCCAGUUGGGAUCCAUGGCGGCGUUGACCUCUGACCUUUCCAAACUGCUGCAGCGGGCUGAAAAUGUGGCCUCUCCAGACUGCGGCCUGAGUCUGGAGAGGCUGGCUCAGGGCCUGCAGCUGGCCAGGGUCUGCCGCGUCCUGCUGUGCUGCCGAGAGGAGCUGAGGGCCGUCUGCCGCCGCCUGCCCCACAACACUUUGCUGCAGUUGGUGAUGACAGGUCCAGUGAUGAAGGACUCAGGUGUGGACAACACGGACUCAGAGGCAGCAGGCCUCACUGAGGGAGGAGUUGACCCACCACUGCCCCCUGCAGGAGAAGAGCAAGUCGUUUCUGAAGGAGAGCCCUCUGUCCCAGGGAUUGCUGAUCUCUGACGGAGCAGUGACCCUCAUGUUGGAUUCCAUCCAGAGACAGUUCAAACCGAGACGAACUGUUUUCUCAAUGAUGGUUCUUAGCAUCGCCAAGGACGCCAUCUGCUGGAAGGUCCGAUGCUGUAAUCGUAGCAGUGGGGGGCGCUAAAACACAAUCCCGCCCAGGACACCACUCAAUCUGAAGCUGCAGGAAACACUGCCGCCGCUGCACAUGAUGCAGG